AUCCCACCCAGGCGGCUGUGGCCAGUGCCCCACGGCAUGAGCCGGUGACCGAGCGCGGGGCCGAGCGGGAGGCAACCGUGGCCGAGCUUUUCCGAAUGAGGCCAUUUUGAAGAUCGGGAUUUUGACAUGUGGAAUGCUGAAGUCCUAAAGUCUCUUGUUGCAGUAACAUGUCUGUGCCAGACGAUGCAGUCACACUCAAGGCUUUACCCUCCCCACACGGUAGCUAGGCAUCAGGUGUCGGGCUUGUUCGGAGUGUGAGGAAGAGGCUCUCUGGGUCAUUAUGUGUGCCUCGGUCAAGUACAACAUCCGGGGUCCUGCCCUCAUCCCGAGAAUGAAGACCAAGCACCGCAUCUACUACAUCACCCUCUUCUCCAUCGUCCUGCUGGGCCUCAUCGCCACGGGCAUGUUUCAGUUCUGGCCGCACUCCAUCGAGUCCUCGAGCGACUGGAGCGUGCAGAAGCGCAGCAUCCGCGACGUGCCUGUGGUCAGGCUGCCGGCCGACAGCCCCGUCCCCGAGCGUGGCGACCUCAGCUGCAGAAUGCACACAUGUUUCGACGUCUACCGCUGUGGCUUCAACCCCAAGAACAAGAUCAAGGUGUACAUUUACUCUCUGAAAAAGUAUGUGGAUGAUGCGGGUGUCCCAGUGAGCAGCACCAUCUCCCAGGAAUACAACGAGCUGCUCACGGCCAUCUCAGACAGCGACUACUACACCGAGGACAUCACCCGGGCCUGCCUGUUCAUCCCGUCCAUCGACCUGCUCAACCAGAACGCGCUCCGCGUGAAGGAGACGGCGCAGGCACUGGCCCAGCUCUCCAGGUGGGAUCGAGGAACCAAUCACCUCCUGUUCAACAUGUUGCCUGGAGGCCCCCCAGAUUAUAACACGGCCCUGGAUGUCCCCAGAGACAGGGCUCUGUUGGCUGGUGGUGGCUUUUCUACAUGGACCUACCGGCAAGGCUACGAUGUCAGCAUUCCUGUCUAUAGUCCGCUGUCAGCCGAGGUGGACCUUCCAGAGAAAGGACCAGGGCCACGGCGGUACUUCCUCCUGUCGUCCCAGAUGGCUCUGCAUCCUGAGUACAGAGAGGAGCUGGCCACCCUCCAGGCCAGACACGGAGAAGCGACGUUGGUCCUGGACAAGUGCACCAACCUCUCCGAGGGCAUCCCUGCUGCCCGAAAGCGCUGCCAUAAGCACCAGGUCUUUGAUUACCCACAGGUGCUGCAGGAGGCUACUUUUUGUGUGGUCCUUCGAGGAGCUCGUCUGGGCCAGGCGGUGUUGAGUGACGUGUUGCGGGCCGGCUGUGUCCCAGUUAUCAUUGCAGACUCCUACAUUCUGCCUUUCUCUGAAGUUCUUGACUGGAAGAGAGCAUCUGUGGCUGUGCCAGAAGAAAAGAUGUCAGAUGUGUACAGUAUUCUGCAGAGCAUCCCCCAAAGACAGAUUGAAGAAAUGCAGAGACAGGCACGGUGGUUCUGGGAAGCGUACUUCCAGUCAAUCAAAGCCAUUGCCCUGGCCACCCUGCAGAUCAUCAAUGACCGGAUCUAUCCAUAUGCUGCCAUCUCCUAUGAAGACUGGAAUGACCCUCCCUCUGUGAAGUGGGGCAGUGUGAGCAACCCGCUCUUCCUCCCGCUGAUCCCGCCACAGUCUCAAGGUUUCACGGCCAUCGUGCUCACCUACGACCGAGUGGAGAGCCUCUUCCGGGUCAUCACUGAAGUGUCCAAGGUGCCCAGUUUAUCCAAGCUGCUGGUCGUCUGGAAUAAUCAGAAUAAAAACCCCCCAGAAGAUUCUCUGUGGCCCAAAAUCCGGGUUCCAUUAAAAGUUGUAAGAACCGCUGAAAACAAGUUGAGUAACCGUUUCUUCCCUUACGAUGAAAUCGAGACGGAGGCCGUUCUGGCUAUUGACGACGAUAUCAUUAUGCUGACCUCUGAUGAGCUGCAGUUUGGUUAUGAGGUCUGGCGAGAAUUUCCUGACCGGUUGGUGGGUUACCCUGGUCGCCUGCAUCUCUGGGACCAUGAGAUGAGUAAGUGGAAGUAUGAGUCUGAGUGGACCAAUGAGGUGUCCAUGGUGCUCACGGGGGCAGCUUUUUAUCACAAGUAUUUUAAUUACCUGUAUACCUACAAGAUGCCUGGGGACAUCAAGAACUGGGUGGAUGCUCAUAUGAACUGUGAAGAUAUUGCCAUGAAUUUCCUGGUGGCUAACGUCACAGGGAAAGCUGUUAUCAAGGUAACACCACGAAAGAAAUUCAAGUGUCCUGAGUGCACGGCCAUCGACGGGCUUUCGCUAGACCAGACACACAUGGUGGAGAGGUCUGAGUGCAUCAACAAGUUUGCUUCUGUCUUUGGGACAAUGCCUCUUAAGGUGGUGGAGCACCGAGCCGACCCCGUCCUGUACAAGGACGACUUUCCUGAGAAACUGAAGAGCUUCCCCAACAUUGGCAGCUUAUGAAAUGUGCUGCUGAUGGAGGUCUGAACGCUAAUCCCGGGCGGAGGAAGAGAACACGUCCCCCGCAGCCCUCUGAUGCCCAGAUUUCAGAGUGGGAGAUUGGCACACCCCUGCCCAGCCUGCUUACCUGAGAACAAGAGCCCAGGAAGGACAUCUGAAUACCUCGUGCAUCCUCUGAUGCUUUUGAUGGGUUCUCUCUGAAAACUCCAGAUGGAAGCCUUGGGCAGGCUCCAGGGGUAAGGCCAGCUCAGGCGUCCUUUGUUUGUAGCUCAAUACAAGGUCUAAGAGGAAACUUCACUGGCUGUAAGACAGCUGAGAAACCUCCAGCCCAUUUCAGAUUUGGUGAAUCAUGUAAGAGCUCCCUGUUUCUCACUUUUCGUUAUUUCAAAUCAGUGAGUUCUUCAGAGGAAAAGCCAUGCCCAGAAUUUGGUGCAAAAUCCAAACAUCUUAGUGGCAUUUGAUGCCUUGGGAUAAUGGGGCACUGGCCUCGUCCAGAGAAGAGCACCGGCUGCCGAGAUGGGACCUAUAAGUUCCAUGAACUGUCUCUCUUUGGUUUGGCUUUUUGAUAUGAUUAAAAUUAUUUUUUAUUCCGUUUCCUACUAUGUCUUAAA